CAGAAUUCUGGGACUUGCGGUCCGGGGCCUGUUUACUCAAGUUAGAAAUAGAGGCCUGUGGAAACAUGAAGAGGGUUAACAGCUGUGUGAAGAAUGAUGAGCAUGUCCUGGAGGAGCUGGAAACAGAAGGGGAGAGGCAGCUGAAAAGCCUCCUUCAGCAUCAACUUGAUACUUCUGUCUCCAUUGAGGAAUGUAUCUCUAAGAAAGAAAGUUUUGCCCCUGGUACUAUGUACAAGCCCUUUGGGAAGGAAGCAGCUGGGAGUAUGACUUUGUCCCAGUUCCAGACUCUACAUGAAAAGGACCAGGAGACUGCUUCUCUCAGGGAACUAGGGCUCAGUGAAACAGAAAUCAUGAUCUGGAAGAGCCAUGUUUCAGGUGAAAAGAGGACAAAGCUGAGGGCAACUCCUGAAGCAAUACAGAAUCGUCUUCAAGAUAUUGAAGAAAGGAUCUCAGAGCGUCAGCGCAUCCUUUGCUUGCCACAGAGAUUUUCAAAGAGCAAACAGCUGACCCGGCGAGAAAUGGAAAUAGAAAAGUCUUUAUUUCAGGGAGCUGAUCGUCAUUCCUUCCUUAAGGCUCUUUAUUACCAAGCAUACCACAAAAAGACAAGUGCAGACAAGUACAUGACCUCAAUGAAGAGGAAGAUAAAAUUAGGCACAAAAGAUGAACCCCAAAAGAAGAACAAAGGUGAUCCCAUGAACAACCUGGAAAAUUUUUACCAAGAGAUGAUAAUGAGAAAACGUCUUGAAGAGUUCCAAGUUAUGAGAGGUGAACCCUUUGCUUCCCACUCACUGGUCUCAGCUACAUCAGUGGGUGAUAGUGGCACAGCUGAGAACCCAUCAUUACUCCAGGACAAGGGAAAACAGGCAGCACAGGGUAAAGGUCCCAGUCUCCAUGUGGCAAAAGUUAUUGAUUUUUCACCUGAGCAGUGUUGGACUGGGCCUAAGAAGCUGACGCAGCCAAUAGAAUUUGUCCCUGAAGAUGAGAUCCAAAGAAAUCGUUUGUCAGAGGAAGAGAUCCGAAAAAUUCCUAUGUUUUCUUCAUAUAAUCCAGGGGAACCAAACAAGGUGUUAUACCUGAAGAACCUUAGCCCUCGGGUGACUGAAAGAGAUCUUGUGUCAUUGUUCGCUCGGUUCCAGGAGAAGAAAGGACCUCCAAUUCACUUCCAGAUGAUGACUGGACGAAUGAGAGGACAGGCUUUCAUCACCUUUCCCAGUAAGGAGAUAGCAUGGGAAGCCUUGCAUCUAGCAAAUGGAUAUAAACUGCAUGGGAAAAUAUUGGUGAUAGAGUUUGGAAAAAACAAAAGUCAACGGUCAGAUCGCCAGGCUGCUUCUCUCAUAUCAUCUACCAUUGAUAGUAGUGUCACAAGCAGUGAUAGCCAGAAUGAAUAUACAGAGUCCUGGAUGAUGAGUCUUGGAUCAGAAUCUCGGAGCUAGGAUUUGCGUAUAAAGUUGUUUGAAGAGCAGAAAUUAACUAAGAGAGGAAAAAAGUAAUUAGGACAAUGCCUUUCAACUGUUGGAGAUAAUUAGAACAAAUUUUCUACAAUGAAAAACUAUAUAGGACAGAUAUCCUGAGUAUUAAGGGUAAUACACAAAGAGUAUUAUUUUCUCAAAGUAAAGUACAUAGGAUUAUUUCUGAGAAUUUUGUAAAAUCUUUAUCAUUUUCUGAUAUCUUCAAUAUUUACCCCUAGAAAUAACAUUCUUUUCAGGCCUAUCUCCUUUGUCCCUAAUUUUAUAAACCCAGUAAAUAAAAGAGCAGGCCCUCAGGCCUAAGCCUCAACAAAUGCUAUUAUGUCAAAACUACUAACAGAAGAUAGUUUCAUAAAGUCAGCCAACGUAUUCUACACCAAUUUAUCAGUCUUCAAAAAAAAUCUAUAUAUUUUGCCAGGGAUUUAGCUCAGUGGCACCUUGCCUGCUUUGCAAGCACAAGGUCUUGAGUUUGAUUCCUGGUACUAGAAAACGAAAAUCUAUAUAUUUUUAUAGUGAAAUCUUUUAGAUCAAAAUAUUGGUGUUCACAUGGCCAUUUUAUAAGCUAGGUGCCAUUGAGUAAUCAUUGAAUUCAAAGCAAUAAUCAUUGGGCAUGUAAUAUAUUAGAUAUAUGAAUUUUAGAAGAAGAACAUGCUAGCAAGAAUACCAAAGGGACAUGGAAAGAGUUCUGUAGAAGAGAGAUAGCCUGUCUCAAAUCCCCUGCUUGUUUGUGGUUGCUGAAAAAAUAGAAGAACAAUAUGGUGUACAAGAAGUGCUACAAACUUUGGAGUCAAACCUUUAAACCUCACAGCCAUACUUUCCACUCUGAACUUGAUAAGUCAUUUAAUGUGGCCCUCAGUUUUCUCAUCUAUAAAAUGAAGAUAAUAAUACUACUUACCUCAUUAGGUUGUGAGGAUUAAAUGAGAUAUUAUCCAGGGUGAAGAACAAAGAAAAGAGAAUGAAUAAAAUUAGAGAUUAAGGAUUUGUAAGAUAUCAUUAAGCUUUCAAUGUACGUUUAUUGGUAGUACCAGAAAAAGAGAAGAGAGCAGAAAAACAUUACAAGAAAUAAUGUCUGAGCCAGGCGUGGUAGCAUACAUCUGUUAUCCUAGCACUUGAGAAGCUGAGGCAGAAGGAUCACCACAAGUUCGAAUCCAGCAUGGGCUACAUAGUUCAAGGCCAACCCUGAACUACAUAACAAGACCCUGUCUCAGCCCAAGUAAGAAAAGAAGGAAGGAAGGAAGGAAGGAGAAGAAAGGAAAUCUGAAUGCUUAAAAUUUGAUGAGAAGCAUUAUUCUACACAUUGAAGAAGUUCAGCAACUCCCAAGUAGGAUAAAGAAAUCUAAAAACAGAUAUAUCAUAAUAAAAAUACUGGAACCCAAAGACAGAAAAAUCUUUACAGCAACACAAGAAAAAUGAACUGUCACUUAUCAGUGAACUCCAAUAAGAUUAACAACUCACUUCUCAUCAGUGGUGGCUGUGAGAUAACAUUUAAAGUGCUCAAAUAAAAUAAUUGUCAAACAAGAGUCCUAUAUACAAUAAAACUUUUUCAAAAAUGAAGGUGAAAUAAAACAUUCCACAUAAGAAACUGAGAGAACUUGUUCGUAGCAGACCUCACAGGAAAUAGAAAAGGAAGUUCUUCAAGUGGAAAGCAAGUGACCUCAGACAAUAAUUUGAAUCUACACUCUGAAAAGGAAUGGAGAUAAUUAUACAAUUAUAAGAGACAAUCUAAACUCAUUUUUCCUUUGUUCCUUUAAUUUAAAAACAAUUGUGUAGAACUGUAUGUAUAUAGUUGCAUUGCUCUGCCUGUAACAUAUAAUAGUGUAAUAUAUUUGCCAAUAAUAGAAGAAAGAAGGUAGGUGGAAAUAAUGCUGUGUUUUACUAAAGAAAUGACUCUAGAUGGUAGCUCAAAUCCAUAGGAACAAAUGAAGACAAGAAAGGACAAAUAAAAAGGUUAAUUUUUUUUAAAA